AUGCAUUGCUUUUUUGCUGAGCUGGAGCCGUCUAUCUCCGUCACGGAACAAAACCUGGCAGACCGAGUUCGGUACAUCAUGCGCUCGAAAAUAUUUGAUGAUGCCGAACUCGAACGACUACGACGUGAGGCUAUUCCGUCGUCGAAUGAAUCAGCUAUGGCUGGAGAUGCAGCUCCACAUUCGACAGACCAGCAUCCACACGUGGAAGCCGCCAUGGAUCUUCCAGUUGUGGUUGAUUCGAACGACGAUGAAAUAGUCUCCCACGAACUAGAACAAAUGAGGAGUAUAUUGGAAGAGGCGAUUUUGGAAACGCGCAGCACCCCUCUCGAAAAUCGACCGCGACUUCCCCGCAUACCCCUAAGCAAGCGAAAUCGGGCUGUCGUGAGGGCUCUUAACCCAAUGCUGGUGACCUAUUUGGAAGCCAGCCGGGGCCUUUGCGAGACGGACUCGAUUCUCUUUGGCGCCGCAGUGGCAGUUUGCCGUAUUAUUGGCGCCAAACUUCCCAUGGCUGGACGCGCUACUACACAAAGUAGCGCCAUCCCAGCCUGGAGAAAAAGAAUCGAGGACCGUAUCGCAAAGGCAAGGGCCCUUAUCGGCAGACUGACAAGCUUCAGGUCGGGUAAUAAUAGACCGAGGAUUGUGCGCACCGUUAGGAUGGCGUUUGCUGGGACAAAUAUCAGUUUGUCCCAGCCGGAUAUCGCGCAGAAACUAACGGAGCGCAUAGACGACCUGAAGCAAAAGAUCGCUGCAUGGGGGAAGCGGAUUCGACGAUUUUCCGAGGGGUCAAGGCGGUUCAACCAGAAUCGUCUCUUCCAGAGUGAUCAGAAGAGGCUCUAUAAAUCAUUGGAGCGACCAAAGGUAUGUGGAGCGGGCCCAGGACCGGAUCAGGCUGACACUGUCGCAUUUUGGCGUGGCCUGUGGUCAGAGCCCGUAAACCACAGCGAGGGCCCUUGGAUGGAAGUUGUGGCGAGCCAGGGUGCGAGUGUUACGCCUAUGGACCCCAUCACCAUAACGCCAGAAGACGUGGCUGAGGCGGUCCGUAGGGCCCCGAACUGGAAAAGUCCGGGGCUCGACGGGCUGCAUCAUUACUGGCUGAAGGGGGCAAAAGGGGAAGAAACUGGAUGUUUGGCGUAUCGGGCUCGGAUGCAUCGCUUUUUUGCAGAGCUGGAGCCAUCUCUAUCCGUCACUGAGCAAAACCUGGCAGACCGAGUUAGGUACAUCCUGCGCUCCAACAUAUUUGGUGACGCCGAACUCGAGCGACUACGACGUGAGGCUAUUCCUUCAUCGAAUGGAAAUGCUACGGCUGGGAAUGCGGCGCCACUAGAUGCGCAACAAACUGCAUAUGUGGAUGCUGCCGUCAACAUUCCAUUUGUGGCUAAUUCAGACGAUGAUGGAAUAGUCUCCCACGAACUAGAGAAAAUGAGGAGCAUAUUGGAAGAGUCGAUGCUGGAAACGCGCAGCACGCCUUCUCGAAAAUCGACCGCGACUUCCCCGCAUACCCCUUAG